AUGGAUGAUGCUUUGCGUCGCAGCAUCUUUGGUUCAUCUGAUGAAUCAGAUGAACCAUCGCCGAAGCGGUGGUUCUCGAGGUCGCGAGACUCGGGCGCUCACAGUGGUGUCGGUUCUCCUAUUGACACCACUUCGCAGCGAGGUGCCAGUACUUCUGUCGGCACGUCGCAAGAAGAGCGGGACCGCAGUGUGUUGCGUCUCGCUCCCGAGAAGAAGGCAUGGGGAUGCCUCCUAAAUCCGUCAUGGAUCGCUUGUCGGCGACGAUGA